AGUCGCUACAAGUGUGCGCCGCCGGUCGAACGUGUACUCUGUCCGCAUGGCUUUGUUGGCCAAAUAACUACAAGCAGUAGCGAUCGAGCGUUAGAUCGACAAUUCGCCUCCAACACGACGGAGCCGGAGUGUGUGUGUGGACGGCUCGCUAACAUUUUUUAUACAAUUACUUUUAGUCGGAAAUAUUUAACAAAUUUAUCAUAAUAAUUGAAAAUAGUAAUUAAAGUGAAACAGCAACAACAACACGCUUAAAUUGAUCGCAGUGAAUUAAUUCAGUGGAAAUUAAAAGUGUGUGACUCAAGCUCAGCUUUUGUUAUUGUUGCAUGACCGGUAAGUCAUCACGAGUUAACUAAUAGCGAAAGGGCGUGCCGACAUCAGUCGACAAGUUGCUGGAUGCGCGCAGAAGUUCAGUGUGUAGGCUGAAGGCCGGCUGUGCCCAGAAGAUUCUCGUCGUGAAUUGCGAAUAAAGGCCGAGGGAAGCGCCAUAAAUUACAAUUAAAAUCUGGUGAAUCGGGGGAAUUACAAACGAACAGAUUCCGACUGAGCGCCACACAACCUAGGCGAUCUUAGGAAUAAAAAGGAUAAACCAAUCAACUAGAUGCGAGCUACUUUUAAAAAUACGCCAGUAAACGAUAUUUAUAAAAAGCUUCCCAUCCAGUAGCCGCAGAGAGGAUGAGUGCUAAAACUUAAACAAAACAAGCAGGAAGAGACAACUGUAAAUUUAGUUGUAACCGAAAUAAACAACGAAAAAACUAAUUAAAACAAACGCGACUAAACGCUCGGCAAGUGCUAAUGAUCUUCUAUAAAUAUACAACUUAAGCAAAGAACAAGAGCGUAGGCAAAUAAGGGAGCAAACACCAGCCGUAGUGAGUGAGUGCUUAAAGUGCCAAGACAACGCGCGACAACACAAGUGAAUAGCGCCUCAAAGUAUGUUCAACUUGCUGCGGCGCUCCUCAAAGAAGAAGAAGAAAUCCAAUCAGGAGAAGAGUCCCAAGGCAGCGCGCUAUUCAGCGGGAGUGGCGCCAGAAGAGCGCGCUGCUAGUAGCGACAGUGAUAAAGCACCGAGAACCGCUUCCAUUGAGCGUUACCGCUCUUAUAAUGAGUGGCAGCGCGAACGAGAGCGCGAGCGCGAAUAUGAGCGAGAGCGGCAGCGCGAUGAGCGGCGCAUAGGGUUACCAACACACGCGUUUGCGGGCAAAACGUUUACACGCGCGGAAAUAGAAGAAUUCGAUGAUUUAAAAGAUUUAGAAGAAGACGAAUACGACUAUUGCGAUGAUGAUGAAGAUGCGAGAAGUGAUGAAAGUGGACUGGCGAAUGCGGGACGCAAAUCACUGCUGGCGGGGCGUGGUGCGGCGGCAGUGAACGAGCAUUGUAGCUAUUUUCGCAGCAAGCGCAUUGAUGAUGAACGCGAACGCGAAGUGGGGGACAAAUUAAAUUUAGCAAAAACAACAGCUGCCAACAACACGCUCACGGCGAAUGAAGAAAUUGAUGCUUUCGCACGGGGUGGUGGGGUUGUGGCAACCACAGGCAGUGUCGCGUCGUCUGCGUUGCCCAACAAAGCGGCCACUUUGCGUAGCAAUGAUUUUAAUGUCGACAUAAUAAAUAAGUUUUCAUCUAAUCCAAGCAAAUUGGAUGUGCACAGCGUUGUUGGGCACGAACGCGAGGACGAUGAUGAUCGCACCGCACGAACGUACGCUGUGCGCGACGCUUCUGAUUGCGGUGAGUAUGAGUCGCUGAAUCGCCAUGGCAGUUCGAACGCAGAAGCUGUGUGGCAGGGGCGCACUUUACCAGUUGUCAUUAGCGGAAAUUAUAAUAAAAACGAUCGAUGCGCCAAUCGAUCAAUAAUCGAUACAGAAGAACGCGGAUCUAUUCACCAAAUCGCGAGUAGCGCCGCGCGCGCCGAAAAUGUCGAAAGGGCUGUCGCAGCGGCUGCGGGUAGUGAAAAUAGAUUUAGACACGGUAACGGUAAUAGGCACAAAAGUGAAGCAUUUCAUAGUGAUGAGCAAAUUGCACUAGCCACUAACACAGCAAGUGCUGCGGCAAUUAACGAAGUGAAAUAUCGAAAUCUUGAGAAAACAAAUAAAACACCGAAAGUGCAAAAAAGCCACGAAGCGAAACGACAAUCGAGACUAUCGCUGACAUUGGGACUGAAUUUGAAGGGUGCGCGCAGUAAAAGUAUCACCGACGUCUCAGCUGCCACCGCCGAUUCCAGCAGUGUCACUGGCUACUACAGUGGUUCGAGUAGCUGCUCUGGACGCGGUCCGCGAAAGCGUUCACAACUUGGCAAAGCAUUUAGGUAUUCAUUUCUGCGCGGACGUUCGAAGAGUAGUGACACAGAAACGCCCUACGAGGAGGACGACUCCGCCGCGUCCGUGUUGGAGAAUUCGAAAACCGAACGCAGUGUUAACGGUGUUGGUAGUAAGGCUUUCAAAAAGAGUAAAGAAUUCUUAAGUGAUUUAUUUAUGGCGCGUGGACGUAAUCAUAACCGCAGUCGCCAUACACAAGCACAAGUGCAGAGCGCUGCCCAAAACCAACAUUUACACACACAACAACAGCAGCAGCAAAAAUUGGCACAACUUCAGCAGCAAAAGCAACAACAAGGAACCGCGAAGGACACCCGUACGUUAGCACCUGUCAGCGCGCCAACAAACGUCAACAACAAUAGUCAUCCCCGUCAUAAUCAACGGCAACAGCAACAACGAAAUUGUCAUAACAAUAGUUCCUCCCCUACCGGUCCAGUCAAAGUAAUGCAAAAUGGCCAAAAUAAUUCGGCUAGUACACACCUUGACUUGAUCUCCGACCCCUCGUACGCUUCCACAAAUAGUUAUCAAAUAACGAGGUCUAAUAAUAGCGCGAAGAAUGUGCGCCGAACGUUCGAAGACGAAGAGCGCCAACGACGCAGCAAUUCAGCGGGAGAGCAGCAACUGAGCGCGAGAGCUGAUACGAUGGAUGCCGGUUUGCGUGCGCGCUCAGCAGAUCCGCAGUGGAGCGCGAGGGAGACUGGAGCCCAGCAUGAGAGCAAAGUGAUCGAAGAGGAGUCGUCCGAACAGAGGCUGAAAGCGCCCUGUGGCAGCGAGUGUGAUGUUAUUCGCGAGAUAAGAGUCGAGUUGAACGGUACUUUCAAAACGGCAGGCACGGAUAACAACAACGCGGAACAGCCGAAUGAACGUGCGGGGUGUACUGCAGACGAUCUGCGUAAGAAUAAAUCAAACAACGCAAGUAAACAAAACGAAACAUCGAAGGUCGCGGGUGAAGGGUGUAUAAUAGAAAGUGACGUUGAGGCAGAAGAAGCUGACGCAGUAAGUGUGUGUGAAAGUGACGUCGAAGUUGGCGGUAACAGUGAUCUUAAUGAUAAUCAGUGCAACACCGAAGUGACGACAUGUAGUGCAGCGAGUGAGGCACCGCAAAGUGCGUUCCCCUUAACAGCAACAACAACCGCAAGUGUACCAACAAAUAACGCGAGCGGCAACCGCGAAGCGUGUGACGUACCGUCGCCAAUAUCAACUUUUCCGUCUUCGUCUGUGUACCCAAGCGACGCCGCGUCCAUGGGACAGACUAACGCUAAACCGAGCGAAGCCGCGCCCAGUUCCUACGCUGACAUAUCGGAUGCAUUUCGCGAAACCGUUUUGCCGCAAACGAAUAGCAGUGACGUGAGUGCAAGUGUUAACGAUGCACCGCGAGUGCCGAUAUUACCCAAAAUAACAGUUGUGGACUGCAGCGGUAGUUCAAGUGGUCAAGAGAAUAGUAUAGCUGGAAGUCCGGUGGAGCAGGAAGUGUUUUACGAUUUCGAAAAUGAACCGCCAAUUACGAAACGCGAAAGCGCCGGCGUGGAGAUAAGCGCGGUAGAUGACGAUGUGGAAGACAUCGAGGAUGAUGAGGUCUUCCACGAUCAGGAAAUUCCCGCAACUGUUUACCAACCCAAAUGGCCAUUGCGUUAUAAUCACAGGAAACUGGAGAAUGUGCCCGAGCAAGAGGAAAAUGAGGAGGACAGCGAUACCAAGUACGCCGCAAAUGAUGGCGAUGCAGACAGCUUGGCAGACUCGGACUCUGACGGCAUAGAGGCUGGUGCCGGUAUUGACGUGACAAAAAUCGACAACCUUGACAUUGAAUACGAGGAUAGCCAACACUUCGAUAGCCCUGAGCGCAGCACACUCAAGAGUGCCAAUACGAGUGAUUCCAAUCUGAGCAACAGCUACCCCGAUUCGGGUAUCAGCGGCAUUGAUUCUCACAGCUCGUCAACAUCGUCGUACAGCCGCCGGCAUUCGAGUAGCGACAAUGAAACGCGCGCUACGCGUUCAACAAAGAGCGGGUCACCAAUAAUGCAACAGCAUUACAAUAACAACAACAAUCGUCAACAACAACAACACACACAGUCGUUGGCACAUCAGCGUUUGCCCUUCGUGCGCGAUGGCAAUUCGACCGAUUGCGAUGAGACGCUAAUGCAAUGCGACGAUCUCGACUAUCUGGCAGAGGCUGUGGAUCCGAAUGAACGUUUGGUCUGCAUCGAGAGCAUCAGUUUGCCGGAUGUGGUAGUGGAGUCAACGACCGGGUCGUCGGUUGCUAAUAUAUCCGCUUCCACCGCCACCUCGUCUAGUAAGGGCGACAGUGAGCAGAUUAUCAAUAUCAACGGUGCCACAGGGAACAGUAUUGGUAAUGUGCACUUCAUACCGAUUCAUGUGGAGGGUAGCGCACCAGCGACGCCGAAGAGACGCAGUCUUGACGACAGUGUGCUCGGCAGUGGUGGUGGCAUUAACAAAUCCUUCGCGCACAUGAACGGGCUGCAUCAGAAGUCAACAGUGGAGAUAAUAGAGGAGGACAGUGAAUUGACAAACGGCUCGGUGAACGGUUACCAGAGCAAGGAGAACGACGAAACGGUGGAAAAGCUGAGACGCGAACUAAUUGAACAGAAAUCACGUUACAACACACAAAUUGGGGACGCGCAGAAGAAUGUGCAAAAUCUGCAGAACAAAGUCAGCGAGAUGCAGGCGAAAAUCGAAAAACUGGAACAAGAGAUGUCGGCGAAGGCGUGGAAUGUAGAGCGAUUGCAGGGCGAGCUGAGAGCGGCGCAAAAGGACGAUGACUUCGUGCGAAAGCGACUGAAGCUGCUGGAAGAUGAAAAGACAAGUCUGCGGCAUAAGUACAGUGAGAACGAGGAUGAAUUUAGGAAGAAAUAUGAGGAACUCGAAACGCAGUAUCAGGAACUGGAGGCUAAGUACAAUGAGACGAAGAGUUUGGCCAGCAACUUGCAAACUCAACUGGCGACGGCACAGACCGAAGCGGAGGAAUGGCGCAAGGAGGUGGAGAAAAUACGCAGCGAAUUGGAAGCGCAGAUCCAAAUAUUGAAGAAUGCGUUGGAGAACUCGGAAGCGGAACGAAAGAUCUGUCAGGAUAAAUGGCAGAAGGAGUUCGAAAUGUUGAGAACACAAAAUCAAGAUCGAGAGGAGAACCUUAUGGCCGAUUGCGAAUGGCAACUGCGCGAAAUACGCUUGCAAGCGAAAGAUAAAACCGAUAAACUGCUGCACGAACGCCAGUUGGCAUUGGAGCGAACGGAGGAGCUGCAUAACGAGUUGGAGGAACGCAAGCAAGAAGUCGAGGGCUUGAAGGUGUACCAGGCGGAGGUGAAGUCACUGCGUGGCGUUGUGGCCGAGCAAGAAUCGGCGAUCAAAACACUCAUGCAACAGAUAGACAACAUAAAGUCCGAACUGGAAACGGCCAACACAAACUUGGAGGAGCAGAUGAAGGCUGUCAAAAAAAUCAAAACUCAUUGUGAUAACGCGCUCUAUGAUAAGGAACGAGAAGUAGUCCAUCGUAUCAGUGAAGUGCGCCAUCAAGCUGCCGUCUUCUGGGAGGACAAACUUUAUACAGAGAUGACAAGACUGAAAACAGAACUCGAAUCCGUUUAUGUGGACGAGCGUCGCGAAGCUCUCGAUAAGCUGCAAGCCGAGCAUAUUGAAGAGCUGCGUGCGCUGACAAACCGCUACACCGCCAAUGAGGAUGAGCUCAGAACUGAGCUCACUGAAGUACAAGAGCGUUUUGAGCGGAAAAGCGAGGAAUUCACUGAGAUGCGAGAUAAAUCUGAUAACAGCCUGCUGCAGAUGCGCAUGCAUUUGGAUCGCGCUGAUCGUGAAUACCAAAAUGCAAUGUGCCGGGAGGAGGAGCGACGGGAGGCAUUAGAAGCGAACCUACGCAAAGAGUUUGAUGCCGAAAGAGAGGAAAUGGAAGAGAAGUUCCGCGAACGCUUAAGCCAGGUGAAGGAGGAAUUUGCGAAGGAGCUACAAGAUGCUACACAGGAAAUGCGACAGAAGCAACAAAAAGAAUUGGAGCAACAAAAAGCUAAACUGCAAGCUGAGAAGGAGGAAGCGCUGCAAGAGCUUUCCGAUCGACAUCGUAAAAAGCUCGCCGCUGUCGAAGAGCAAAUCAACAUUUCUUAUGCGAUUCGUGGUGUUUUCGUAAAUGAUGAAUCAUUUGCAUCAUCAGCAUCGUCAACAUCAUCGUUAGUACUCACUGCCUUGUAUGUGCUUGCGCAGCGGUCGUACCCAUACAUUUUGCCAUCACUGUUUGUGCUUUACUUGACAAUGUCGCCGUUCAUAACAUUAGCAUGCUUGAUAUUGCACAUAAUCGCCAUGUUAUUUAUAAGAUACCGUUAUUUGUUAAAUGGAAAUUGAUUUUACUCACAUAAUUAUAUUUACAUAUGUUACAUACACACAAUAAAAAUUUUUAUUUCAAAUGAGAUUCGGUUAAAUUUUGGGUAUUCAUGGGUAGAAAUGUUGAGAUUCGGUUGAGUUUUUAGGUAUUUAGGCUGGAAAUGUGGAGGUUCGGUUACAUUUUGGGUAUUUAGGGGUAGUAAUGUGGAGAUUCCGUUAAAUUUUGGGUAUUUAUAAGUAGAAAUGUAUAGACUCGGUUAAAUUUUCGGUAUUUCUGGGUAGAAAUGUUGAGAUUCGGUUAAAGUUUUAGGUAUUUAUGGGUAGAAAUGGGGUGAUUCGGUUAAAUUAUGGGUAUUUAUGGGUAGUAAUGUGGAGAUUCGGGUAAAAUGUUGGGUAUUUAUAGAUAUGAAUCUGGCGAUUCGGUUAAAUUAUGGGUGUUUAUAGGCAAAAAUGUGGUGGUUCGGUUACAUUUUGGGUAAUUAUGGGUAAAAAUGUGGAGAUUCGGUUAAAUUUAGGGUAUUUUUAGGUAGAAAUGUGGUGAUUCGGUUAAAUUUUUGGGUAUUUAUGAGUAGAAAUGGGGUGAUUCCGUUAAAUUAUGGGUAUUUAUAGGCAAAAAUGUGGUGGUUCGGUUUCAUUUUGGGUAUUUAUGGGUAGGAAUAUAGUGAUUCGGUUAAAUUUUUGGGCAUUUAUGGAUAGAAAUGUGGAGAUUGUCUCCUUAAACAUCAGUUAUAGGCUUAGAAAUGCUGUCACUUUUCAAAGGUUUCAUUAUGAAUCAGAGUAAAUUUUGAUUUAUUAUUUACUAGGGCAAUACUUUCUCUCCUUCUAAGUAAACCUGCCUUAUUUAAUCCAAAAUAAAUUUAUAAGGCGUCAUAUUGCUGAAAAAUAUGACCAAAUAUAAUACACAUGCCCUAAUAGAAGUGCACAUGUAUUGUAAUAAAAAACGCAAAACAAAAAAUUAAAAAAAAAAAACACUUUCUAAUUUGAACUACUUAGCACAUUUGGUUACCCCGCAUAUUGAACAAGUUCAUACUCCCCCUUAACAUACUCAUUCAUAUUUACCUUCUAAUUAACACUGUUUGAAAAAUAGUAAUUUGUUCCCAGCAUUUAAUUCUUCAAACUCUAACAAAUAUUUCCAAAUUUUUCUGCUAAAAAUACAACAAAACUUUAAACCUAAAAACAACCGACCAAUCGCUACAGAGAAAUUGAACUUCGACACAAACACGAUUUGAAGGAUCUGAAAGCAGCGUACGACACCGAGAAAUCGGCCAUGGACAAGC